GCGCGCCUGAGGGGAGGAGGGGCAGCGCGGGCGCGCCCGUCCUCACCCCCUCCUUCCCCGCGGGCGGCGGCCAGGCUCCCUCCCCUCCCCUUCUCUCCAUUCCCUCCUCUCCCCUCCCCUCCCCUCCGCUCCCGCGCGCCGGAGCCGCCGGCCUGGCCCGGGCCUGGGGGCGGGGCGGGAAGACGGCGGCCGGGAGUGUUUUCAGUUCCGACUCCAAUCGCCCAUUACCCUCUUCCCCUCCCAGCCCCCUCCAUCCCAUCGGAAGAGGAAGGAACAAAAGGUCCCGGACCCCCCGGAUCUGACGGGGCGGGACCUGGCGCCACCUUGCAGGUUCGAUACAAGAGGCUGUUUUCCUAGCGUGGCUUGCUGCCUUUGGUAAGAACAUGUCGUCCAUCUUGCCAUUCACGCCGCCAGUUGUGAAGAGACUGCUGGGAUGGAAGAAGUCAGCUGGUGGGUCUGGAGGAGCAGGCGGAGGAGAGCAGAAUGGGCAGGAAGAAAAGUGGUGUGAGAAAGCAGUGAAAAGUCUGGUGAAGAAGCUAAAGAAAACAGGACGAUUAGAUGAGCUUGAGAAAGCCAUCACCACUCAAAACUGUAAUACUAAAUGUGUUACCAUACCAAGCACUUGCUCUGAAAUUUGGGGACUGAGUACACCAAAUACGAUAGAUCAGUGGGAUACAACAGGCCUUUACAGCUUCUCUGAACAAACCAGGUCUCUUGAUGGUCGUCUCCAGGUAUCCCAUCGAAAAGGAUUGCCACAUGUUAUAUAUUGCCGAUUAUGGCGCUGGCCUGAUCUUCACAGUCAUCAUGAACUCAAGGCAAUUGAAAACUGCGAAUAUGCUUUUAAUCUUAAAAAAGAUGAAGUAUGUGUAAACCCUUACCACUAUCAGAGAGUUGAGACACCAGUUUUGCCUCCAGUAUUAGUGCCCCGACACACCGAGAUUCUAACAGAACUUCCGCCUCUGGAUGACUAUACUCACUCCAUUCCAGAAAACACUAACUUCCCAGCAGGAAUUGAGCCACAGAGUAAUUAUAUUCCAGAAACGCCACCUCCUGGAUAUAUCAGUGAAGAUGGAGAAACAAGUGACCAACAGUUGAAUCAAAGUAUGGACACAGGCUCUCCAGCAGAACUAUCUCCUACUACUCUUUCCCCUGUUAAUCAUAGCUUGGAUUUACAGCCAGUUACUUACUCAGAACCUGCAUUUUGGUGUUCAAUAGCAUAUUAUGAAUUAAAUCAGAGGGUUGGAGAAACCUUCCAUGCAUCACAGCCCUCACUCACUGUAGAUGGCUUUACAGAUCCAUCAAAUUCAGAGAGGUUCUGCUUAGGUUUACUCUCCAAUGUUAACCGAAAUGCCACAGUAGAAAUGACAAGAAGGCAUAUAGGAAGAGGAGUGCGCUUAUAUUACAUAGGUGGGGAAGUUUUUGCUGAGUGCCUAAGUGAUAGUGCAAUCUUUGUGCAGAGCCCCAAUUGUAAUCAGAGAUAUGGCUGGCACCCUGCAACAGUGUGUAAAAUUCCACCAGGCUGUAAUCUGAAGAUCUUCAACAACCAGGAAUUUGCUGCUCUUCUGGCUCAGUCUGUUAAUCAGGGUUUUGAAGCCGUCUAUCAGCUAACUAGAAUGUGCACCAUAAGAAUGAGUUUUGUGAAAGGGUGGGGAGCAGAAUACCGAAGGCAGACGGUAACAAGUACUCCUUGCUGGAUUGAACUUCAUCUGAAUGGACCUCUACAGUGGUUGGACAAAGUAUUAACUCAGAUGGGAUCCCCUUCAGUGCGUUGCUCAAGCAUGUCAUAAAGCUUCACCAAUCAAGUCCCAUGAAAAGACUUAAUGUAACAACUCUUCUGUCAUAGCAUUGUGUGUGGUCCCUAUGGACUGUUUACUAUCCAAAAGUUCAAGAGAGAAAACAGCACUUGAGGUCUCAUCAGUUAAAGCACCUUGUGGAAUCUGUUUCCUAUAUUUGAAUAUUAGAUGGGAAAAUUAGUGUCUAGAAAUACUCUCCCAUUAAAGAGGAAGAGAAGAUUUUAAAGACUUAAUGAUGUCUUAUUGGGCAUAAAACUGAGUGUCCCAAAGGUUUAUUAAUAACAGUAGUAGUUAUGUGUACAGGUAAUGUAUCAUGAUCCAGUAUCACAGUAUUGUGCUGUUUAUAUACAUUUUUAGUUUGCAUAGAUGAGGUGUGUGUGUGCGCUGCUUAUUGAUCUAGGCAAACCUUUAUAAAGUUACAGUACCUAAUCUGUUAUUCCCACUUCUCUGUUAUUUUUGUGUGUCUUUUUUAAUAUAUAAUAUAUAUCAAGAUUUUCAAAUUAUUUAGAAGCAGAUUUUCCUUGUAGAAAAACUAAUUUUUCUGCCUUUUACCAAAAAUAAACUCUUGGGGGAAGAAAA